AUGAAUGACCCCAAUGGCUUUUGCGUGUUCAAGAAUGAGUUUCAUCUUUUUUACCAGUACAAUCCUUUGUCAAGCCAGGAGCCAGGAAUAGCACACUGGGGACAUGCAAAAAGCUCGGAUUUGUUCCAUUGGGAACAUCUUGAAAUAGCUUUGUACCCUGAUAAGAAUUACGAUAAGACUGGAGUAUUCUCAGGCAGUGCUAUAAUUGUCAAUGAAACCAUGAAUCUACUUUACACUGGAAACAGUAACAAUCAAGGCGAAAUACAGCAACGUCAAGCACUUGCCUCUAGCACUAAUGGAGUAAAAUUCAUUAAGUAUCCCGAAAAUCCUGUUCUUUUGGGGAACGACUAUCAACCGAAUAUAAGGGACCCAAAAGUUUGGCAAUAUGGUGAUGAUUUUUACAUGGUUAUAGGAAAUUCUUUUAAGAACGAUACUCUAGGAAGAGUGCUACUCUUUUCAUCAAAGGAUCUAAAAUCUUGGAAAGAAGCAUCAAUUUUAGGUGAAUCAGAUGGCUUUCUAGGAUACAUGUGGGAGUGUCCUGAUUUUUUUGAACUCAACGGUAAAUUUGUACUCUUGUUUUCUCCACAAGGUGUAAAACCACAGGGAGACCAAUAUAAAAAUUUGUAUCAAUCCGGUUACAUUGUUGGAGACUUUGAUUAUAAAUCUAAAGUAUUUACUCCAAUAACAAAAUUCAAGGAGUUGGACUAUGGUCAUGAUUUUUAUGCGACACAAACUAUUAUAGAUUCACAGAAGCGUAGAAUUGUAGUGGCUUGGCUUAGUAUGUGGGAACAGGUUUAUCCCGAACGAAACGACGGUUGGAGUGGUCAAUUGACAAUUCCAAGAGCUUUACAACUGACCUCUACUUAUGAACUAAUUCAAAAGCCUGUAGAUGAGAUAUUGGAUAUUCGCAACGGAUUGCUUUACUCGGGUAUUGCGCCCCCUGGAACAAGUAUUAAGUUACACAACAAUAUAGGAGAAAUCGUGAUAACUGCUUCUCAACAUGAAGAUUUCAAUCUUAUUUUUGAAGCAGGUAAUACCACAGUCACUCUUAAAUAUGAUAACAACAAUGGUAAAGUAAGUCUAGAUCGUGGUGGUAACGAUGGAGUUCGAAGAACCGAUUGGAGGCCACUUGGUCGACUACAAAUGCGAAUCUUUGUCGACCGAAGUUCUAUUGAGGUAUUUUGUGGGGACGGCGAGGUCACGUUCUCGAGUCGAUUUUUCCCAUACGGAGAAGUAAAUGUAAGACUGGGCGAGAAAUCUAAAGCCGAGAACAUGUUGGUAUACCAUCUGAAACGAACCGUUCCUGCACCGUAA